AGCCUCUGCCCUAUUUCAGCAAGCGCAGGAUGUGUUGCGUUGGGACAGGGGAAGUUUUGGGGCGGCUGCCCCUCUCUCUCCCCACAGGCCGCUGCAGUGUCCGUGGGAUGAGCCGGCUGCUGCCUGGCGUUGUGUUGGCACUCAUGGGGCUGCUCUUUGCCAGGACCAUGGCCUGGACAUCCAGUGGGAAGACACACCCGGAGCUGGUCAACAACCUGUACAAAAAAGGGAUCAUUAAGUCCCAGCGAGUCUUUGACGUGCUGUUGGCUACGGACAGAGGUCACUACAUCAAGUACUUCCCAUACAUGGAUUCUCCUCAAUCCAUUGGCUACAAGGCAACGAUCAGUGCCCCACACAUGCAUGCCCAUGCACUGGAGCUGCUCAAGGAUCAGCUGGUGGAAGGUGCCAAGGCACUGGAUGUGGGAUCUGGAAGUGGAUACCUCACUGCAUGCUUUGCCAGGAUGACAGGUCCCACGGGGAAAGCUGUGGGCGUGGAGCACAUCAAGGAGCUGGUGCACGAAUCCAUCCGGAAUGUCCAAGAAGAUGAUCCGACUCUGCUCAGUUCCGGCCGUGUGAAGCUUGUGGUUGGAGAUGGCAGACAGGGAUACCCUGAGGAGGCUCCUUACGACGCGAUCCACGUUGGGGCGGCAGCAGCGACCGUACCCAAGGAGCUGCUGAAUGAACUGAAGCCGGGCGGGCGCUUGAUCCUGCCCGUGGGGCCUGAAGGAGCCAACCAAGUCCUGAUGCAGUACGACAAAACCAGCGAUGGGCAGAUCGUGGAGACACAACUGAUGGGAGUCAUCUAUGUCCCUCUGACAGAUAAGGAAAAGCAGUGGCCUCGGUAAAGAUUUGCUCUGCCCUGAGGAACGUUCCUUCCUCUCAGCCGUCCUUGUGAGCUUGCUCUCCUUGACUGCUGGCUUUGCUGACCGAGCCCUGGAUCCC